UUUAGCGUUCAUGUUUCAAGCUUCGGGCGUAGACGGGUUUUGUUCGGUAUCGUUAACUUUUUGACUCUGGCGGAACUAAUGACGUCAUGAAUGAAGUAUUGGUGACAAAUGGAUGAUACAUCGAAAUGAUACGGGAUUGUGUAUACGUUAAAGUUUAAUUUCCAAUGUGACUGAUUUUGUAAAAAACAUUAUAAAGAUAGUUGUGUGUGGGUUUUAUUAAAGAUUUCAGAGGUUCUAAGCCCAUAGUCUUUUCAUGAAGAAGUGAUUUACUUAAAGCGAUAAAGAUGUCAGAUCAUUUUGGACCAAUAACUUUGAAAUGGGAUCCCAAGAAUUUGGAGAUUCGUACCAUGUCUGUAGAAAAGACCUUGGAACCCUUGGUUUUACAAGUAACUACGCUUGUGAAUACAAAGGGUCCUAGUAAAAAGAAGAAAGGAAAAUCUAAAAGAGCCAGUGCUCUGGUUGGAACUGUAGAUAAAGCAGCUAAUAAUUUUAUCGAAAAGGGUGAACAAAUUGCUUACGAAAAUCCUGACAUUACCGGUGAAAUGUUAAGUGCCGUGGAAGAAGUAAGGAAAACAGGCGCCGCAAUGAGCAUCGCUGCUAGGGAGUUCUCCGAAGAUCCUUGUUCCUCUUUGAAAAGAGGCAACAUGGUUCGCGCUGCAAGAAAUUUGUUAUCCGCGGUGACACGUUUACUUAUUUUGGCAGACAUGGUCGAUGUGCAUCUGUUGUUAAAGUCCUUGCACGUAGUGGAGGACGAUCUACAGAAAUUAAAGAACGCAUCCUCGCAAGGAGAAUUAUUAGAAAACAUCAAACAAUUUGGAAGAAAUGCGUCAGAACUUAUGAAUCAAGCUGCAAAGCGUCAACAAGAAUUGAAAGAUCCCCAAUUAAGAGAUGAUUUAGCAGCGGCGAGAGCCGUUCUCAAAAAGCACUCCACUAUGCUUCUUACUGCUUCUAAAGUUUAUGUUCGUCAUCCCGAGCUAGCCGCGGCAAAAGCGAAUCGCGAUUACGUUUUGAAACAAGUCUGCGAAGCUGUGAAUACUAUUAAUGACGUUGCGCAAGGAAAAACUCCAGUCGAUAGUCAACAUCCUUACGAAGGGCCUGGUGAAUUAGCCGCUGCUUUAGACGAUUUUGACGAAAGAAUGGUAAUGUCCCCGCUUGCAUACAAUGAAGUACGUACAAGACCUAGUCUGGAGGAAAGACUGGAAAGCAUUAUUAGCGGCGCCGCGCUGAUGGCAGAUUCUUCUUGUACUCGAGAUGAACGUCGGGAACGCAUUGUUGCCGAAUGUAAUGCAGUUAGACAAGCGCUUCAAGAUUUGCUUAGCGAAUACAUGAACAAUAUAGGAGUGAAGGAACAAUCAGAAGGUUUGGAAAGAGCAAUCGAUCAUAUGUGCAGAAAAACACGCGAUCUUCGCAGACAAUUACGAAAAGCAGUAGUAGAUCAUGUGUCCGAUAGUUUUCUGGAAACAAGCGUACCUUUGUUGGUUCUUAUCGAGGCCGCGAGGAAUGGUCGUGACAAAGAAGUUGAAGAGUACGCGCUUGUUUUUACAGAGCAUGCAAACAAGCUAGUCGAGGUUGCUAAUUUGGUGUGCAGUAUGUCAGGAAACGAAGAUGGCGUAAAAAUGGUUCGUUACGCGGCGGCUCAAAUUGGAAACUUAUGCCCGCAAGUAAUUAACGCGGCACGCGUGCUGGCAGCUCGCAAUCGAUCCAAAGUAGCCUUAGAUAAUAUGGAAGUAUUUCGACAAGCAUGGGAGAACCAAGUUAGAGUAUUAACGGAAGCUGUCGACGAUAUUACCACUAUCGACGAUUUCUUAGCAGUGUCCGAGAAUCAUAUCUUGGAAGACGUGAAUAAAUGUGUACUGGCAUUGCAAGAAGGCGAUGCCGACACGUUAGACAGAACCGCGGGUGCAAUCCGAGGACGAUCAGCCAGAGUGUGUAACGUUGUUCAAGCAGAAAUGGAUAAUUAUGAACCUUGUAUCUAUACGAAGCGAGUUUUAGAAGCUGUGAAAGUUUUAAGGGAACAAGUAAUGCCGAAGUUUGCACAGAGAGUAGAAGUCGCGGUAGAUGCUUUGGGUAGUAACCCUCCUAAAGAUGUGGAUGAGAAUGAUUUUAUAGAUGCUUCGAGAUUAGUUUACGACGGAGUUCGUGAGAUUAGACGCGCUGUACUGAUGAAUAGAGCGGACGAAGACUUGGACCCGGAAGACGUUGAGCUCGACGAGCAUUACACGUUGGAAACUCGUAGCAAGUCGAGUGCUCAGACGGGCGAGCAUGGGGUUGACGAGUAUCCAGAGAUCAGUGGUAUCACAACAGCUCGCGAAGCCAUGCGUAAGAUGCCGGAGGAGGAUAAACAAAAGAUUUUACAACAAGUGGAGUACUUUAAGAGCGAGAAACUGAAAUUCGACAAAGAGGUUGCCAAAUGGGACGAUGCGGGAAAUGACAUUAUCGUUCUUGCGAAGCAUAUGUGUAUGAUCAUGAUGGAAAUGACUGAUUUCACUAGAGGUCGCGGACCUUUGAAGACAACUAUGGAUGUCAUUAACGCAGCGAAGAAAAUUUCUGAAGCUGGAACCAAGUUAGAUAAAUUAACUAGGCAAAUUGCGGAUCAAUGCCCGGAAAGUUCUACCAAGAAAGAUCUUCUGGCGUAUUUGCAACGCAUAGCAUUGUACUGCCAUCAAAUGAAUAUUACGAGUAAAGUUAAAGCGGAUGUACAAAAUAUUAGCGGAGAGUUGAUAGUGUCUGGACUUGACAGUGCAACUUCUCUCAUUCAGGCAGCUAAGAACUUAAUGAACGCUGUUGUCCUUACCGUAAAAGCUUCGUAUGUUGCGUCAACAAAGUAUACUCGACAAUCUACGGUAACUUAUUCUCCAAUCGUUGUGUGGAAGAUGAAAGCACCGGAAAAGAAGCCAUUGGUACGCCCUGAGAGACCAGAAGAAGUUAGGGCAAAAGUACGCAAGGGCUCCCAGAAAAAAGUGCAGAAUCCAAUACAUGCACUAUCCGAAUUUCAGAGUCCUACAGAAAGUGUUUAAACUUUUAUGUGUAAGUAAUUUAAUGAAAAUGAAACCUAGUAUACAGCAUCACCUUUGGAAAGUCAAACGAGCAAGAUGUUUUAUUUUCUAUCAUAUACAAUAUUCAAAUACUAUCUGUAUUCACUACUAAUUCAGUGUCUACCGUGAAAUAUAGAACGUAAUAAUCGCUCUUUCUGCAAAACUAUAUCUUUAAAAAGAACGAAAAUAAGUGUUUUGUAUCGAUUGCUGCAUAUUUUCAAUAUCAUCUGUGUAGAGUCAUAUUAUAGUGUACUGAUAUUUAUAAUAAUUGUUGCUAACAUAACAACAGAACGAUUUAAAUAUUAACAUGCAAAGAUUAAUUUCGUGUUUACGAUUGUGAUAAAAAGAAAGGGGAAAUGUUUAUAAUAACAUCAUUUGAAAAUAAAAUAUCUUGCGUGAGAGAAAUGUUCAUAUACUUUGUAAUUAUUGAUUUAUAGAUGUUCGAAAAGCAAAAAAAAGACACCGUACGAUCGUAUCAAUUUUCGGACGACAUUUAAUUAGAUAUCAAAGAAUGACUUCUUUUUCUAGGGUAUAUGUAAAAUUUAGAUUUCAAUUAUAUACAAAUAAGUGACUAAAUGUCGAUUAUAUUUCAUAGAAUAUAAGAACGAUCUACAUUUUAAAGAUGUAUCAUUUGAUAACGCAUGUUGAUUAUAACAUUUUAAUCGUUAAGAGGUACCAUACGUAUAUUAUUUAAGUAAAUUAUACUUUACUUAAAUGAAAUUUACAAUUUUUUAUUAAUCGUGAAUAUCGGUAAUCGAAUAUAUUUUUUGCAAACAGUAUCUACAGUGCAAGAAGUGUGACCACAAUACUUAAUUAUAUAACAAAAUCUACACUAACAGUUAAGUAUUUAAGGAAUGCCAAUUUUCUCUCAUUUUUAUGUGUAUAUUUAAUAUGCAGAUAUCAAUGUUUAAUUAUACACGGAAAUUUAUUAUGGAACUUUAUGAAGAGAAUAUCGAACGAUGAGUGGUGCAUGUAUACGUACAUAUACGUGCGCAACAGCUUAUCAAAGGCCUUAUAUUUUUUACGUUGUAUUAUUAUUAUACAAGAUUGUUAGAAUACUGCACGCAUAAUUAAAAUGAAAUUGGGACGAAAGAUCUUUCAUUUCCGCUCUAACAAGGUACGCUUAUAAUGGUACCGUAAAAAAUGUAAAACUUUUUAGUUCGAAUCUGAGGCAUCGCUUUGAAGUUUGACCAGUUGGGUUCUGUUUCCACAAGGUGAUUCUACUGCUGGAAGCCCUUAAAGCAGCCGACUCCCACGACAAUAUCCCUUGAUCGGUCUUUGAUGUCGCUACAAUGUUCCAGAAGCUACGACCUGCCUAACGAAACAUUAUGGCGACAUCAAAGGCUGUCGCCGCGAUGUUGGUUGCUUUCAGCGGAAGAAUCUGUAUAAUUGCCUCGCAUAUGCUCGAGCUGAAGAAGUGGCGAGGAUAUUUUGACUAAAAUUGGAUGGAAGUGUAUUCUUAGUUUGUCCCGUUUUGCAUUCAAUAUUUAAUCAUUGCAUUUAAUAAUUUUACAGUCAACACACUUUCUUAUACAUAUCCAGAAAAAAAUGUCUCCGAUUGAUAACAUAAAAACGUGUACUUUUGAAAUGUUUGUUGAUUUUUGCACGCGUCGGGUCGUCAGGUCGAUCGAAGUAAUUUUAACGUAAUCUUAGGCCUUGAACUUUUGCUAAUACGUUAUAUUAAUAUCAGUUUUUUUUAUUGUAACGUAUUGUUUGACAAUAAUAUCGCUGCAUAUUUUUGUUAUGCUUUUACAUAAAGUCUGCUAAAGUUAAUAACGUCAAUAUUCUUCCAAACUAAUAAUUACAUUGACGAUUUAAAUUGAAAACUAUAAAAGUCUAUUUAAACCCAUUUGUAUAAAUAUGUUCAUAUAAAAAGUACAUUAUUUCUUAUACAAGUUUUUACCCAUACUUUGGCUGUAUACAUUUAUUUCGUAUAAAUGAUCUACUCGACGCUCAUACAAUCAUGUUGCCAUCGAAAAUAUUCGACGUGGUUAAAAAGGCAUAUUUCUCUUGAAAUUCAUGAAGCUGUUAACAAAGACAAAAAUAAAUCUUUUUUCUUUUUAGUAGACCAAAACUACUGCUCGGGGGCCCCCCUUCCCCAGCUAUACUACUGCCUACUUGUUGCCCUAAUUAGAUUUUCCAACACUCUCGAUUAUGCGACUAACCCUAAUCUUUAUUAGGUCGGAUAAUUGAGAGACUACUUUAUAUAAAAUUUUAAUGUCAUCCAUUGUGUUUAUGAUUUGGUAAAGGACACAAUUUUGGCAACCAAACAAAUUCUAUUGAUUUUCAUUAUCAAGACUUACAGGAAAGCAAUAAGGCAUAAUACAGUAUUGCAUUGGAAUAAAGAGACUGCAGAUCGAAGUAUUUAAUAAUUGUAUAUAAGUAAAUAUAAUUACACAUUUUCGGAGAAAUCUUGUUUACAAUGAUUUUAUAAUACGUAUAAUCAGUAAGAAAUAAUUGUAAAAAAACUGAUACCAAUUUCAUACUUUAUACGAUCGAGUAAAAUACUACGUUAUUUAUAAUUGUGCGUAAUUGAUAUUCAAAUGAAUUUGCGUUUAAUGCAACUACGAGUAUUUGCUCUAAUGAAUAUUACAUUUUCCAAAACAAAUUCCUAUAAUGCCAAAAGUGUAUUUAUAUACAUUUCGAUAUUUUAUAAAAUUUAUUUAGAAAUUUAUUUAGUAAUGUAUGACUAUAAAAUAGUAUGUUUUAUUUGUAUUAUGUAGCUGUUGUAAUAGGUGUCGGUUGAUAGAGUACAUUAAUUUGUUUGCAGGAAGUGAGAAAUAAUAAAGUUUCACAUUUUGUAGAUCGUCGAUAUAUAAUAUGCAUUGGUAUCAAUUUUUUACUGUUG